AUCUCGUGACAAUGCCUGACAUAACGAAGCCAGCGCCCAAGAAGGGCUCCAAGAAAGCGGUGGCGAAGGCCCCCGGUAAGGGCGGAAAGAAGAGGAGAAAGUCCAGGAAGGAGAGCUACGCCAUCUACGUGUACAAGGUGCUGAAGCAGGUCCACCCCGACACUGGGAUCUCCUCCAAGGCCAUGGGCAUCAUGAACUCCUUCGUGAGCGACAUCUUCGAGCGCAUCGCCGGUGAGGCCUCUCGUCUGGCUCAUUACAACAAGCGCUCCACCAUCACCUCCAGGGAGAUUCAGACCGCCGUCCGCCUGCUGCUGCCCGGGGAGCUGGCUAAACACGCCGUGUCUGAGGGCACCAAGGCCGUGACCAAGUACACCAGCUCCAAGUAAACAACUGUGCGGAGACAUCAAACCAACGGCUCUUUUAAGAGCCACACACUUUCUCUAUGGAGACAAACUGUCCUGACUUUAACGAGAGGUCCAUCAAUAUUUAAUCAGCUGCUUUUAACUAAUAAUGUAGCCUUGGUAAAUAAAAUUGAAAAUAAUAAUCAUGUUGAAUACAUUCUAAUCACACUGCAUAACUUCUACAAUUGAAAAUAAUUGUUUUGAAAUCCAGUAGCAGUUUUCUACUGCAGGACGUGUUGUCCUCUCUCAAAUCAGUGAUUGUAACUCAUGAGGUGUUUUUUUUUUCCCCUGGUGGUGAUAAUUGUGUUUAUAAAUAAGCUUAUGAAAUCAUUGCUCCUCAGGGUCAGAGGGAUAGAUGUAUUGUUAGAACAAUGACUUCUAUUUCUCAGUGCUUUCUUAUCAUUCAUAUAUAUAUGGCGGGCUAUCUUCUAUGGCUAGGUGAAUAUAAUUUUGAUUGGUGGAACGCCACAUCCUCUCCAGCUGCUGUGAUGUCAGUUUUAAAACAGGUCUUUGAUUACUAAACCAUGGAGCUAAUCUCCUGAACGUAAUUUACGUGUUGUUACCGACACAUGACUGUGACUUUAAUGUCAAAGGGAAACAUUCUUUAAUGUCUUUUACAGUAUUAUCAAGCUUGACAAAUAUACCUUUUUUGCGUAUUACUCUUUCUAUGUGAAUAUUGAGCAACAUUGAGUGAAAAACUGUGGUCAAACCAAUAUACAUUUCUCCCUUAGCCCUCCUGUUAUCCUCUAAUUGAAAUAAUUCUAAUUCUAAACAAAUUAUAAUAGCAAAUUGUAACUUAAGUGUAAUUUUCAAGUGUUUUUUUUUUUUUAUGAUGUACUACAUGAUUAAAGUAUUUUUGAAUGAUUCAAAUACAUGUUUACAUGCUACUAUUUACCCACAGCAAUGUACACAACACUAAAGCCUUCAUUUGUAAUACGAAUAUGUUAUUGGCUAUACAAGUCUGAGAAGAUGUGAUCUUGAUCAGUGGGUGCCGUGCAUGGCUGCUCACUGCUCUCUGCGUCCUCCUGUGUACACCAGAUGGGUCAGAGCAGAAAACAAAUUUCCCUCCUUGCAUGUCGUGUGUGUUUGCAUGUGUGUGGGACAAUACAUGUAACUCGUACCACUUAUCUUAUUCAUCAGUGGGUAAAAUAUGGACAGGUUGAAAGAUAUCUCACUCGUGAGACAAAUCGUUUUCCAAACACAUUUGUCAUGUUUUAAUGAUUAUUUUACACAAAUAAUGAUCCAAAUAAUAUACAUAAACAUGUAUCCUAGUGUUAAUGUAAAGAGCCAAAGUUGGUAUUUACUAAAUCAGACAGCAGAGAAAAUGCAUAUUCUGCUAAAUAAAUGAU